CUGAAAAGGAGCGUGAUUUGUGCUUUUAUGUGCAUCCCACCGAAUUGUGAAAACAUUGUGUGUAGGCUCGCUAAAUUGGAGCACAUCAGAGUAAGGUAUGGCUCGCGGGUUCGGUUCGUUGGUGUUCCUGUUGUGGGGUGUGCAGGCGUUUCUUACCGACACCGUAGAGUCUUCCCACUUCAGGGGCGAGGCUCUGUCUUGGAGGGCGACUGAUGAACCCAACAAGAUUGAUAUCAAUUGGAUGGUCGGUUUCAGCCAAUCGCAAUGCGACGAGUCGCACAUCACUGACGGUACCCUGAUUGUUGCGGCAGAGAACUUAAAGUGUCAGCAGUGCAGUCAACAACAGAUAUCGACCGUCGACUAUCAAUGCACGGACUACAGUCAGGCUGAAAAUUGGCAGAGGGGAGUGGGACACACGAGGUUUACCAUCGAACCAGGAUUAACUGAAUUUGAUAUCAGAUAUGCUACAUGCUGUUGGAUUUCUCUUCAUAAUGGGGGAUCGAACGCGUACAGCGCUGAGGCUCACGUUGAUCUGUCCCCCCACAACGGCGUCAUCAACUCGUCCCCAGUUACAUCAUGGAUGCCAGUGUCUCGCAUACAGCAAGGAUGCAGUGUAACGCUCAAUAUUCCAAAGGGGGAUCCAGAUGGAGAUGUAGUGCGAUGUCGUUGGCCCUCCAUCGAAGCUGAAAGAGGAGGCGUGACUCCGAUGCCAGGCGCUUUAUUGGAUUCGAAUACAUGUAUCGUGUCCAUCAACGCAGUGUCGUCAUCAUUAGGAUGGUAUGCUAUCGCUCUCGUGAUCGAAGACUUCUCCACGCCAACCGCCGUCAUUUCCAAGAGCAAAGUCCCACUCCAGUUCCUUGUCAACGUCUACUCGAGCAGCGAUGCUUGCAAUGACAAACCGGCGCUGAUAAACCCCAGCCCUGACCAGGGUGCCCGCUUCGGGCUUGUGCCGGGGCAGGUGUUCAGAACGCAGAUCCGGGCAAGGGCUUCCAGUGCUCAAAUAAUCGAGAUCGAAACGACCUCGCCCGUUGGCAUGACAACAUCGGCCAUUUCACUGGUGCCCAGCACAAUGAAUGAACAUUUCAUCACGGCUUCUUGGACACCCUCCAAUAACCAAACUGGACUUCAUGUCUUCUGCUUCAAUGCGUUAGACUCGGACGGGUACACGAGUGAAGUACGCUGUGUAUAUCUGACAGUCAGAGGUUGGACAAGUGCCCAAUCGCCCAUGGCAGCCACUUCAGCGGCGAGUGAAGGGACUACUCCCCAGUAUACCCAUUCGACGGCACUCUUGGGUGAGGUUCUCACCAGCCAACUUUCCACACAACGCACGACACAGUCCACUUCAAUGACUGUUCGCCCACCCGUGAUGAUGACCCAACCACCCCCAUCUCCCUCAAUGGACUGCUCCGAUUCUGGCAUGACAGUUUUCAUUCCCCGAUCCAUGAUUGGUGAAGCCCUGGCAUCUCAUUUGCAUUUCCUGGACUCGGCGUGCGUCGGUAGUCAUCAUAACGCCACCCACGUCAAGAUCGCGACAACAUACGACCGAUGUGGGACUCUCAUGGAGGUUCGAGAGAACAAUGUGAUGUUUUCCAACAUCAUCCACGAUGAGGCAGUUCCUGUGCCAGGCAGUGUUAUAACCCGAGACCAAGACGUCAAGAUUCCAGUCCAGUGCAUCAUGGACUCGGAGGGGAUUGCUGAACUAAGUUUCCGUCCCGAUAUCUCCAAGAUCACAUUCCGCGAAGAUGGCUAUGGCACCUUCAACUUCUCCCUCCGCCUUUACCAUAGCAACAACUAUGCCAGGCCCUACCAGUCCGUUGACUACCCCGUCCACGUCGGGAUGGGUAACAAGCUGUACUUCGAGGCCCGGACCUGGAGCGAACCUGGACUGCAGCUGUUUGUUCAGACGUGUCGCGCCACUCCGACCACCAACCCUGACGAUUUCCAUGGCUAUACUUUCAUCCAAGAUGGGUGCAUCAGAGACAACACUGUGGCAUUGCAUCCAUCGCUCCACCCAGACAUCGAACGUUUUGAUAUUGAUGCCUUUGCAUUUGUCGGUUCCCUACCCAAGCCUGUGGUGUACGUUCAUUGUGACAUGCUCCUGUGCAACUCCAGCGAUGCAGGCUCUCGGUGUGCUAUUGGGUGUCAAAAUGGUACCUCCGGCUCGCCACUCAGUCUGCGCAGACGCCACGCAAGAUCUGCGUCUGGUUCCCGGUCUUAUGCCAUCACACAGGGACCCAUAUCAGUGGAGCAGGACGAAGGGAAAGAAGCCACAUCUAAGAUGGCGUCUGUUCAGCUGCCAGUCCUUCUGACAACUGUCUGCCUAUUGGUUGGCUGCGUGCUGGUACUCGGCGCACUGGUUGCCGUAAUGCGUAAACGGACCAAACGCCUUCACAUGUAUGAGCCAGUGUCCACUGAGGAUCAGGAAGAAGACUGAAUUAACGAGUCAUGAAACGAAUUGAUCUUAUUUUAAUUAAACAUCUGGGAUAACUUCUAUGCAUGAACUUUUAAUACAUAUUCCAGUGUUUCUUUCACUUGCAUAAAAUUUAGAUACAAUUAGCUACCGUAUUUAUUCACUUCGUGCACGAGCAAUAUAUGGCGCUUUCACAAUUCUCCCUUUGCAACCGUAGAGGGGGUACUUAUACACGGAGCCAUGGGUGCAGUCCAGUAAGUAAAUUGCUAUAGACCCCAACGAUAAAUGCCAUCACUUAAAAACAAUCUGAAAAAAGACAUGUCUCCAAGGUGAUCGAGACACACAUCAAACUAAAGCUUAUUUCAUCAUCUUUCAUUUGGGGUUAACCAAUGACUUUUGUUGGGAAGUUUACAUGAAAGUUGAAAGUAGUCCUAAUGAGGUCCGCCACCAUUUUUGAAAAAUGAUCCCACUCCAUUUGGAAAACAGAGCAAUUCUAGGGCGUCGUUUCAUCCAAAUUUCACAGAAACGCAAACUCAAAGUCCUGUGCAGAUCGAGCCUCCACUCUUCAGUUGUGUACAAAUCUACACAAACCCCAAAACAACAAAGAAUCUAAGGUAUGCAAAUCAUGAGUUUCUCCUUUGCGAGAAAUUUGGAGCCUAUUAAAUAAUUGUCUGCUAUACCUAUAUUUUUCCCCUUCCUUAUUCCUUUCGAAGAUCAUUAGUCUAGUUGAAUUCGGCAAACAUCUCAACCAUGGACCACCCCACAAAAGUUUCACAUAAAAAAAACAAAAUAAGAAUGAAUUUAUAUAAUCAAUUAAUACUCAGAAAAGUGAGGAUUUUCUUAUUAAUAAUGUAUUAUGUAACAGUAUUUCAACUGCUUUAAUACUCAGAAGGAUUCAAUUGUCAAGUGUAAACACAACCAAUAAAAAUUAGUUCAUUAGAUUUUGCAUGCUUAAAAAUCGUUACAUUACAAAUUUAGCUCGUUUUGCAUAUUAGUUCAACGUUUCCUUAGAGCAAGGAAAAAUGUCAACACGUAAAAAAAAAAUGUAUGCCCAAGUUAGAAACGUUUUGAUUUUCUCAUUGUGUGAUUUGGAGAAUAGUUUUACCGUAUUCCAAAUCCUUGUACUUUCUCUACCAUAUUCUCAAUUUAUAAGUUUGUUUCGAGGGCAAGGCGGUUAACCCCCCCCCCCCCCCCAUUGACAUCCAUGCAGACGCAGACGCCCAUUUGUUAACUGUGUAUUAAAUUAAAAUGAAAAUAUGA